UCGUUUCUGGAUAAAGAAUGCAGACUAUAAAGUGCGUAGUUGUUGGAGAUGGCGCUGUGGGAAAAACUUGCCUUCUCAUCAGCUAUACCACCAAUGCCUUCCCAGAGGAGUACAUUCCUACCGUGUUUGACAACUACAGUGCCCAGAUGACUGUUGAUGGCCGGACAGUUAGCCUCAAUCUAUGGGACACUGCAGGCCAGGAAGAAUACGACCGCCUGCGCACGCUCUCGUACCCUCAAACCAAUGUGUUCAUCAUCUGUUUCUCCAUUGGUUGCCCCUCUUCCUAUGCCAAUGUCAGGCACAAAUGGCAUCCUGAAGUUUCUCACCACUGUCCAAAUGUUCCCGUUCUUUUAGUGGGCACGAAGAGAGACUUGAGAAAUGACCUGGAAACAGUUAAAAAGUUGAAAGAGCAAAGCUUGGCUCCUACUACCCCACAGCAGGGGACUUCGCUGGCUAAACAAAUUGGAGCAGUCAAAUAUUUGGAGUGCUCAGCGUUGAAUCAGGAAGGUGUUCGGGAGGUGUUUGCUGAAGCUGUGCGUGCAGUUCUGUAUCCUGUGACAAAGAAGAACACAAGAAAAUGUAUUUUAUUGUAGUUACCUCGGGUGAUGGAUGUUCAAAGUUGAAUAUUGACUAGAAUCUUGGAGGGCUCUUUAAUGAGUUAAAUUGAAGAUUUUUUUCAUCUUGCACUAACAGCUCUAAGCAGAAAUGGUUUAUGCAAUGAAUAUUCUUGCAGUCUUAUUGCUUCAGGGAAACUGAAACAGAACAGUUUUUUGUUUUUUUUUUUUUUUUUUUCAACUGAGAGGUCAAAUAUGUACUUUAUUUUUAAAGUUCCAGUCUUGGGAUCACUUGGCUUCUGUCCUUGUUUAGUGUGGAGGAAAAUAAGGAACUUCUUUGAAGCCAGACUUCUUUACUUGAUAGCCAUCAGUUACUAGAUUUGCUGAAAAGCACAAAUUCUGAUAAUUCUGCUUUAAGUGUAG